AUGCGGCGGUUCGCGCGGGUGGCGCUGCUGUGCCUGGGCUGCGCCGUCUGCUCGCUGCUCUACGGCCUCAGCCAGCUGGCCCUGUCCCUGGAGCAGGAGCCUGGCGGCGGCGGCCGCGAGAGGCAGGCCCGAGACCCCGCCACGCCCGGCGCCCGGCGGCAGGCAGGGAGCGCGGGCCGAGGCGAGGCGGGGACCGGCAGGUGUAAGAAUUUGUCUGUAUCUUUCUGGAAUUCCUAUUGGAUGCUGCCCUCUGAUGUUUGUGGAAUGAACUGCUUUUGGGAAGCUGCUUUUAGAUAUGAUUAUAUGAAAACACAUCCUUCUGAGAAAAUGCAUCUAGCAGUGGUGGCCUGUGGUGAAAGACUGGAAGAGACUGUUACUAUGUUGAGAUCAGCCAUUAUUUUCAGCAUCAAACCUCUCCAUUUUCAUAUUUUUGCUGAGGACCAAUUGCAUGAGAGUUUCAAAGACAUACUUGAUGAAUUCCCCUAUGAAGGAAAAGUUAAUUACACAUUAUAUCCAAUAACAUUUCCAUCUGAGAGUGCAGCAGAAUGGAAGAAAUUGUUUAAACCAUGUGCUUCACAAAGACUGUUUUUGCCAUUAAUCCUCAAAAAUGUGGAUUCACUACUGUAUGUUGAUACUGACAUCUUGUUUUUGAGGCCUGUUGAUGAUAUUUGGUCUUUUCUGAGAAAGUUUAACUCCACACAAAUUGCUGCAAUGGCACCAGAACAUGAAGAGCCACGUAUUGGGUGGUAUAAUCGUUUUGCUAGACAUCCCUAUUAUGGAGUAACUGGAAUUAAUUCUGGAGUCAUGCUAAUGAAUAUGACACGUAUCAGAAGAAAAUAUUUCAAGAAUGAUAUGACAACAGUCCGGUUACAAUGGGGAGAAAUUCUGAUGCCACUACUGAAGAAAUAUAAGUUGAACAUAACAUGGGGUGAUCAGGAUCUAUUGAACAUUAUGUUUUUUCACAAUCCAGAAAGUCUUUAUGUCUUUCCUUGCCAAUGGAAUUACCGGCCUGACCACUGCAUUUAUGGAAGUAAUUGUAAGGCAGCUGAAGAAGAAGGUAUAUUUAUACUUCAUGGAAAUAGAGGUGUUUACCACGAUGAUAAACAACCAACUUUUAGGGCUGUCUAUGAAGCAAUUAAAAAUUAUUCAUUUGGAGAUGACCUGGUUCAUUCUCUGCUGCAGCCCCUAGAACAGGAAUUACAGAAAACCAUGCAUACAUACUGUGGAAGAGUAUACAAAGUAUUCAUAAAGCAGCUAACAAAAAGCAUAAGAGACUCGUAUGCCAGAAGAUCAAAGGGAAGGUGAUUUUUGUGAGUUGUUACAUCAAGAGACUGAAUUAACACAGCUGGUCAAAAGGUGCAAGAAUUCUAUUACAGUUUGAAUGGGCUCUUAAUGUGCCCAGAAAAAAGUUUACUAGCAUACAUAAAAAUGAAGAAAUUAUUCAUGUAAUGAAGAACAAGAACUUUUUUUCAGCAAAGGUGACUUUUGGGUUUCUUGAAGUUUAAUCAGUGCUAAUGUUUAUCUCAUAUAUGAUGAUUUCAGUGUUACUGACUUCUAUGGUCAGUACUUGUAGUCUGCAUAAUUCAGUUAUCAAAUGAUAAAUGAACAAAGAAGAAAUGAAGUCAGCUCUGUUUGGGAGUGUACCUCAUAUAUUGUCUAAAAUUCUCUUAAACUGUGAAUGUAGCAAUAACUGAGUCAGCAGCACUAACCUCACUUUAAAGGUGUGAGCCUUUAUGUAAACAAAGUUGUUUACAAGUGCAGGAAAUACUCUCUUGUCAAAGAAAUGUGUUGUAAUCAUUGACAAUCUGUAUGUGCCUUUAUAUGUUCAUCUCUUACAUGUUGAAGUACUGUUUUGACAAUCUCGUUUUGUUUAUCUCAGCUGUAAACUGCACACUAUAAAUAUGAUUUUCUGAGAAACUAAUGUCUAGUAUGUGAUACUGGUUUUCUUUGUUAGUAAAUACAGAAACUUUAUAUUAAAAAUAAUUUGUUUCAACAUUGUAGAGCCAUUAGCACCAAAAGGUAGAGCAGAACUGAGGGGGUUUUAAGUAAGAGUCCAGUUUGAAGUCACUUGUCUUCCAAUACUUCUUAAAAAUUUUGUGGUUUUGCAGCUUUAUUUUCCUGUAUUUCCAUACUAGGAAUUAUUACCUGAUUAUUGUUAUAGAGUAUGUGGUAACUGAAAGUAAAGAGCUGUAGUAAGAGUUCUGAUGCUUCAUCAGACUGUGUAGUAGAUGGGUUUUUUAGAGAAUAUAUCCUGUUACAAUAUUUUUUUUAAUACAUGGCUUUAAAAUAGUUUUGGGGCAGACCCUCAGCUACAUGAAUGCAUUACUGUCAAUGGGGUGAUAGUUAUUUGCUACAGGUAAGGAUUAGGUUCCCUCCAAUUAUCUUAGUGAAUAAAAAGAACUUCUGAUUGAGUAAUGAAAACUUUUUCUCCAGAGAAAACCAUGAAGAAAAGGGCUGAAUUCUAGUGUUACGGUAAAAUAUUUAAAUUUGCAUGGUAUGAAAUGUAUUUGUAAAGUAUAUAUGAACUUAGAUAACCUGUCUAAGUAAGAUGAAGUCUUCAUAAAGUGAGCUUUCGGAUUCCAGGACAGUUCCUGUGUGUUGAACAUGGAGGAUCCACUCACCGACUUGCACCUUCAUCCCAGCCCCAUUUUAGAAACUUAAUUUUUGUAGCUGUUUCAUUGUCAAAGAUAGAUUGGCUCUGACUUCCAGAUCUAUGUGAGCUGGACAAAUUCUCUAGCAGUACAAAAACACACCCCACUGUCAGCAGAAUUUGUAUCCUGCUUCUAAUUUCCCUGCAGGUUCAGGGUAUAAGUUUUUUGGGAUGGAAUCUAGGAAGCAGGCUGCCUCUCAUGUAGGUCUCCUUUCCUUGCUGUGUAACCUUUUGAAGUCUGAAAAUGUAGAAAUCUCUGUGAAGGUGAAUACUGUA